GUAUAAAGUGAAGUAUGUGCGUGACUAGGUGAAGAAUGUAAUGAGUAAGCGGUACUAUACCAUCUAGGGUAAGAAAUUGAGUAGCGCAUCAUGGCGACCGCGCUGUGUACAUGUCUUCGAAAAAUAGCAAUUUGUCCUUUAAGAUGCUGGCAGAAUGGAUAUAUGAUCACAGCUGCAUAUGCAAAAGCUCCUGUUCCUGCAAUUAAGGUUAAACUGGGCUUCGAGGUGGAAAAAGACCCACACAAACUUGUCAACUACUUAUGUGGUGGCAACAUUUACAAAACGGGCGAGGAAAUCGAGCUGAAACCUGAAGAAGAAUACCCCGACUGGUUGUGGGAGUUACGCAUUGACAGGAAGGCACCUGACCUUGAACAGCUUGAAUAUGGAUCAUAUGAGUACUGGGCCAAAGCAAAAAAACUCUCUCUAAAAUCAAAAAAUGCUAUGCAAAAAAUGAGUUCUAAAAGGAAACAUAAGAAAUUUUAGCCAUAUAUUGAGUUUGUCAGCUUACUGAUGACGAGUGCGAAUCAUUGAAUUGUUUGUGGUUUGGAAUGAUGUUCAUUGUAUAAAAAUGUGGAACAAUG